AUGCAACAACCCAUUACUUUCGUAUUCCCAUCCCAAUCCACAGAAGGUCCCAAAACAAUUAAUGAUGAUGAAACUAAUGAUGGUGGGUUCGUGAGUUCUUUUGCUGAUGGUGGGGGUAAACAUUCAGUUUUAGGUAUCAAGGUAGAUGUCAUGUUGCAAGCUCAAGAGCAUCGUAUUCAGGACAAAAUUGAUCAAAUUGACAAGAAUAAUGAGUUAAGGGUCAAAGCUCAAUCUGAGAACUUUAAUGGAGCUCUUAGUGUUUGA